AUGAGUUCAGGAGAACCCUUUCCCCUGUACCUGUACACCUAUACCCGUUCCCCUGUACCCGUUCCCCUGUACCCGUACACUGUACCCGUUCCCCUGUCCCCGUACACCUAUACCUGUUCCCCUGUACCCGUACACCUAUACCCGUUCCCCUGUACCCGUACACCUAUACCUGUUCCCCUGUCCCCGUACACCUAUACCUGUUCCCCUGUACCCGUACACCUAUACCCGUUCCCCAGUACCUGUAUACUGUACCCGUUCCCCUGUACCCGUACACCUAUACCCGUUCCCCAGUACCUGUAUACUGUACCCGUUCCCCUGUACCCAUACACUUGUACCCGUUCCCCUGUACCCGUACACUUGUACCUGUAUACCUGUACCCAUUACCCUGUACCCAUACACUUGUACCCGUACCCGUUCCCCUGUACCCGUUCCCCUGUACCCGUACAUUUGUACCCGUUCCCCUGUACCCAUACAUUUGUACCUGUUCCCCUGUACCCAUUCCCCUGUACCUGUACACCUUUACCUGUAAACCUGUACCCGUACAACUGUAUCUGUACACCCGUACCCGUUCCCCUGUACCCGUACACCCGUACCCGUUCCCCUGUACCCGUUCCCCUGUACCCGUUCCCCUGUACCCGUACACCCGUAUCCGUUACCCUGUACCCGUACACCCGUACCCGUUCCCCUGUACCCGUUCCCCUGUACCCGUACACCUGUACCCGUACACCCUUACCCGUUACCCUGUACCCGUACACCCGUACGCGUUCCCCUGUACCAGUUACCCUUUACCCGUACACCUGUACCCGUACACCCGUACCCGUUCCCCUGUACCCGUACACCCGUACCCGUACACCCUGUACCCGUUCCCCUGUACCCGUACACCCGUACCCGUUCCCCUGUACCCGUACACCUGUACCCGUUACCCUGUACCCGUACACCUGUACCCGUUCCCCCUGUACUCCGCUCACCUGGGCAACAUAA